AUGAAACGUAUCGGUUUAAACUUUCGUACCGAACUGUUGUCGGUAAAGCUUGCGGACGGUACUAUUAGGAAUAGUGAGGUGCUACUCACAGAGGCCAAUGUUCAACUUGCUUCAAAUAUACCCAUGGAGUUCAUUAUUUUACCGAAUGCCGUUAAUAACGAUACUUUGUUAGGCAUUAACUUUAUAACAAAGGCUAGGAUGAUUAUUAAUUUUGAUAAAUGGAAUUGGCGUACAGUUGGUCAGCCCCGGACAUUUCACGCCUUGUCAUGGGAAACUCGUUGCGAACCUGUUGAGUGCGCCGCUGCAUUGAACGUGUUGCGAGAGGACGAGGCCACCGCGCUAUCGGAGUCGGAGAGGUCUAGACUGGCGAACCUAUUAGGUGAGUAUUCUGACGUAUUUGAUGUUGUCGGAGAACCGACACCAUUCGCCGAACAACAUAUAGAUACCGGCGACCACCCACCGAUUGCGGUGCCCUCGUAUCAGGUCACGCCUGCGAAGAAGGAAAUCAUGCGAGCCGAGUUAGACAAGAUGCUGGCUGAUGGUGUGAUUGAGGAGUGCGAAUCAUUGAAGUAUAAUGUACUUACGUACUAG